AUGAUUCGUCAACUCACAAAAACUCUUAGUUUGCACUUUAUAAAUCCACGUGUUGCCACUUCACAAGUCACGGUUUGUCGUGCCUUGACUACGCAAUCAUCCUCGAGAACAAAAAAGGAACAAGUUCCGAAACCUGAUGAAGGCCCUAAAAGGCCUCUUACCAGCUACGGCCUUUUCUUUAUGGAACAUUUACAAAAAUUCAAAGAUGAAAUGCCUGGUAAACCAACUACUGAGUUCGCGAAAAAAGCUGGAGAGAUGUGGUCAAGCUUAUCGGAAGAAAAAAAGAAGCCCUAUUAUGAGAAAUAUGCACGAGAAAGACAGAAAUACGAGGUGGCUCACAAAAAAUGGCUCGAGUCAAUGACCAGCCUUGACAUUAUUCGCCAGAACGCACUUCGAAAAGCUCACAACAAGAAACCUAUGAAAGAUCCAACUUAUCCGAAAAGAGCAGUAAGUCCCUACAUUGUCUUCAGUACGUCGCUACAAGCAAAGCCUCCUGUUGCCAAAAUGCAAGACGUUAAAGAGAGAGUAAGAUAUAUCGCUGAAGAAUGGAGAAAGCUAUCCCCGGAAGAAAAAAAGGUAUGA